AUGAACCCUGACGAUGAAAAUGACCGGUCGUCCUCGACCUCAGCGCCCAAGUCUGCAUCUGGUCAGGAAAAGGAUAAGCCUCGCCUGACUGAUCAGGAGAAGAAGAAUAAUCAUAUUGCCUCUGAGCAGAAGCGUCGCGCUGCCAUUCGAGAGGGCUUCGACCGCCUGACAGAAUUGGUACCUGGCCUCGAAGGUCAAGGUCGCAGUGAGAGCAUCGUCCUACAAAAGACAGUCGAGUUCAUCCACCAGCAAUUGCAAGAGCGUCAUAGCCUUAUUGCCGAAGUGGAGAACAAAGGUGGUCGAGUGGACGACUCCUUGCGGCCUACAUAG